GGCCCGAAAUGGCGGCGGCGGCCCUGACCCGUGAGGGUGGGGAGGAUGCGUUCCGCCGGCUCUUUCGCUUCUAUCGACAGCGCGACGCGUCCGACCUGCGGGGCGUGGUGGACUUCUCCGCGCCGGGGGGCCAGGUGUUCAGAUCACAGCUCAGUAUUUCUUCAGUUAGUGAUCAAGAUGCCUACAGAGCAGGAUUACAGCCAGUUAGCCAGUGGAAAGCCUAUGGCCUCAGUGGGUAUCCAGGGUUUAUUUUCAUACCGAACCCUUUCCUUCCGGGCUGCCAGCGGCACUGGGUGAGGCAGUGUCUGAAGCUGUACCCUGAGAAACCCAAUGUUUGCAACCUGGACCUGCACAUGGCUCCUGAGAAGACCACUGACCUGUGGGGACAGAGCAAGGAGCAGCUGAAAAGGAAAGGUUCCAGUAAAAGGGAGCCCAAGAGCCUAUUGGAGAAGCUGCGCUGGGUGACCCUGGGUUACCAUUAUAACUGGGAUACUAAGAAGUACUCAGCAAACCACCACACUCCUUUCCCCUCAGACCUUGCAUUCCUAUCAGAACAAGUGGCUGCAGCCUGUGGAUUUCGGGGUUUCCAAGCCCAAGCAGGGAUCUUGAACUACUAUCAUUUUGACUCUUCGUUGGGAAUUCAUGUGGAUGAGUCUGAACUAGACCAUUCUCGUCCCCUGUUAUCAUUCAGCUUUGGGCAAUCCUCGAUAUUUUUGCUUGGGGGCCUGAAGCGGGAGGAGGCCCCGACAGCCAUGUUCAUGCACAGUGGAGAUAUCAUGGUGAUGUCUGGCUUCAGCCGCCUGCUGUACCACGCUGUCCCCCGCGUCCUCCCCAACCCUGAGGGGACAGCCCUGCCUUCGUGCCUCGACCAGCCGCUUUCUUCAGACCUCCCUGUUGGCUCAGUGGUUGAGCACAGCUCUGAUGAGGAUUGGCAGGUGUGUGCCAAGUACCUGCAGUCCUCCCGCAUCAACAUGACUAUUCGCCAGGUGUUGGCUGAGGGUCAGAAAUUUCCAGAGGAAUCUGGGACAAACGGAAAGGACCAAGCACCCUCUGAAGACAGUUAUCAUGAGAACAGCAAAGCCAAAAGACAUAAACCAAACACAGUCAGCUGAGACCAGGAGAUCGUGCUGCCAUGGACCAGACAGGCAAUCUCUAUAUGGAAUUAGGAACUGGUAUAAUACUGGAAGUCACCUGUCUGUAUUGCUGUUAAUAAACUUGUUCAGAAUAAAUGUAGUCCUUCUUGCUGUAAUAAAUAGGUGGGAGGAGAAAAAGGAUUUAAAAGGAAAAGAAGGAUAAAUUCAGGACUGGAACUCAGGAGAUUAACUCUAUUGGCAUUUUGUUGCAAAUGUUUACUGUACUCUGUUUUCUUUAAAAUUACCUGUAUGUCAGAGAAUUUUAAGCUUGGUUAAGCUUAAAUGCUUUAAGCUUUUGGUGAAGCUUGGUUUAAGCUUUAGGAGUGAUGCUUAUAAAGUAUUUUGAAAUCGUUGGGCAGAGAGUGUUAGGAAAAGAUACAAAAUUGCUAUGUGAUAGAGAAUCCUGUUGGGCUUGUAAAACAACUGAAGCCAAGUAACAAGUAUGAAUGAGAAUAGGCUGCUAUAGGUAUAAGACCUACCUGCAACAUUUUCAAGAUAAUUACUUCUACAGCAAAAAUGGGUUCAGUGGUCAGAAACAUGCAGCUCCCUCAAGCAACCUGCUGUAAGCUGGCUGUAGUCCUGCGUUUUCCUUUUGCCUGCUUACAUCCCCUCAGCUGCAGCAGAAUCUGCUUUUAUGAAUGGUACUGAACAUCUUAUCUCAGAUUUUAGGGGGAAACAGUUGGGAGCAGUAUCUACUUAGAAUAUCUAGUAGCUCCCAACUGGGUCUUCUCUCAGCAGUAAAUUUGUGACUGAGCCCAACAUCACUAUUCUUUCAAAACUGCCCUCUCCUAAGUGCCUGUGUAUUAUGGUUCUCCAGUCCCAAGGUAUCAUCUGUAAGGAGCAGGAUGACUUGCAAAUAAAAACAAUGAAGCUGUAAAUUAAGUACCUAAAAAAUUAAUCAGUGACUAUCUCUGUCACCCAAAGAUAAAUAUAUUGAAACAAAGAAAAGCACUAACUUUUGUGCUAGUUUUUUUAAGCUUCAGACCUUCCUAUCUACUUUUUAAUGCAAUUUUAAUUGUUGGAGUGGAAUGCACUAUCCCUGGAGUAUUUUGUUGCACUUUCCCAAUGAAUAAACUUACUUGGUUUUUAAAUUAAA